UUUGUUUCUACAGUCUCCCAAUAUCUACAUCACAAGGCAUGGGCUUUUGUGUAAUGUGCCGCUGCACUUAAACAACUACCCGACAGACAAUAUGGGUGGUGUACAGCGACGUUUGAACUGACCAUGGGGAUAACAUGGACAUCGUUCAUGUUUGAUUGCAGAUGAGGAGCAGGUCAAUCACUCAGGGUUGGCUCAGAUCCAAUCCCCAUGAGGUCAUUCCUCGUAGUCUGGAGGGUGUUAGAACUGCCCUGAGUAACUUGAGGUUGCCAUUGUCUUUUGUACGAUUCUCAACACGGAAUUGCUAUCAUUGGAUUGGCCAGGGCAGAAAACAGCCCCGACGAUUACAGAUUCGCGCAGCAGAUGGAGACCAUCAACAUGGUUAAUAUCAUGGCUUGUCGGGAAGUAUAUAUGCUUUGCAUGAAGG